UGGAUCGCGUCAUAAGGAGUUCAGAAGGUAUACGGUGACAAGGCGAUAAUUUAUAAGCAGAUACACAGUCGCUUCGGUGGUCUUCACCUUAGAAGACCUAAAACCCUAAACCCAGCUUGGGACUUCCGAAACCUCUGCUUUUGCCUCCUUUGGCUUUAGCUAAGCCUAAAACUUCGACAACAGCACGGAGGAGUGACAUGGAAGCCACGGCCAUGGAUGUGGAGGAACUGCCUCAGUCCAAUCCAAAUCCCCCCAAUCGGGUCGGACUCAAAAACUCAAUCCAAACCAACUUCGGAGAUGACUACGUUUUCCAAAUUGUUCCCAAGAAUGAUUGGACAUCUAUGGCGGUCUCUAUGUCGACGAACGUAGUGAAGCUUUACUCACUAGUAACGGGUCAGUACCAUGGAGAGUGUAAGGGUCACUCUGAUACAAUCAACCACAUUUCUUUCUCUGCUCCAUCAACCCAACAUGUCUUGCACUCUUGCUCCUCUGAUGGAACCGUUAAAGCUUGGGACACGCGUACAUUCCAAGAGGUGUCCUCCAUUAGUGCUGGCCCUUCACAAGAGAUCUUCAGCUUUUCGUUUGGAGGAUCCACUGAUAAUCUUUUAUCCGCGGGAUGUAAAUCACAGAUACUCUUUUGGGAUUGGAGGAACAAGAAACAAGUUGCAUGUCUAGAGGACUCCCAUGUUGAGGACGUUACUCAGGUACACUUUAUUCCCAGGCAGCCAAACAAGCUGUUAUCUGCUUCUGUGGAUGGAUUGAUAUGCAUAUUUGAUACGGAUGGUGACAUCAACGAUGAUGAUAAACUGGAGUCAGUGAUUAAUGUGGGAACUUCAAUUGGAAAAGUGGGGUUUUUUGGAGAUAAGUUUCAGAAACUAUGGUGUUUGUCCCAUAUUGAAACUUUGAGUAUCUGGGACUGGAACGAUGCAAGAAAUGAAGGUGAUUUCCAGGAUGCUCGUUCAAUAGCUUCCAACUCAUGGACUUCAGAUCAAGUUGAUUACUUUGUUGAUUGCCACUACUCAGAAGAAGAAGAACGACUUUGGGUUGUCGGUGGCACAAACUCUGGCACUUUGGGCUACUUUCCCGUUAAUUAUAAAGGAGAGGCAACUAUAGGCUCCCCUGAAGCUGUACUUGUGGGUGGACAUGGUGGCAUUGUUAGAAGUGUGUUGCCUGUAUCAAGCAUCUGCGGUGGACCAAACCACAGUCCAGGCAUGUUUGGAUGGACAGGCGGUGAAGAUGGUCGCUUAUGUUGCUGGGUUUUAGAUGAUCAUUCGCAGACAGGUCGGUCCUGGUUUUCAAGUGCAUUGGUUAUGAGAUCGCCCAGAACUCGCAAGAAAAAUAGGCAUCAACCAUAUUAGCAGAGCCCCUUUCUGCAAUCUUGUCAUUACUUUUCCUCAACUUUAAUGUAUUUUUAUAAGUUUAUAUUUCAUUUUUUUUGUUUUUUGAUACCAUGAUCUCUUUUCACCGUUAGGUGAGUUUUACUGUAUAAUUAAUUGUAUUUCUUGUUUUAAUUACAGAUUAUUCUUAACAAGGAUUUUACUAACCACGAAA